UUCAGACAACUUUUACUGGAAAAAAUUUCCUCAGUGCUGAAAAAUCAGUCCAUGAAGCAAAAGCAGCCCAGUCUCUGUGGGCCUCUUUCUGUCUUCUCCAGUCUGAAAAAGCCGUUGCAGUGAACACAUUAACAGGCAGAAUGCAGCUCAGACACACCGACAGCUGAGCCCGAGUUCCUGUCUGGCAUCGCUUUGAAUAAGACUGCAAACUUAGAGCUGGAAACGACAGAGGAAGGCUCCCUGGUGACAUGGGAUGCUGUAUGGAAAGUGAAUUCUCAAGCAGUUAAAGGUGCAUGCUGGGGGUCUGGAGCUUCCUCACCGUCCCUCCCCCACCUAACCUGUCAGGAUAAGUCGAAUUUGUCCUCCGAGCUCAGGGACGGGGCCUCCUCAAACGGCUCCCCGAGGCUCCCCCCGGCAGGAAGAUGUCACGUAGGCAGAGGAAGGCAAAACACCGCACAGCCGACCUCUCUGAGGAACUGUGUGCGGUGGGCUUUGGGUCAUCGCCAGUCUUGACAUCAUCCGGCGCUGGGACCCAGAUGUACGGCUCUCCAGUGGUAGUCUUCAGAGCGAGCCAACCAAAUAGUGAGUUUCAACAAAAUCAAAAGGAGCCUUUUUUUCGUACCAAGAUGACAGAUAUCAGAUUGAUGGCAGAGAGCAUUAAAGGAGACAUGGGGAAAUCAAAAACAGCAGAUAAGGUCAGUGUGGAUCUGUUUAACAUGUCUGACUGGCGAGGGUCCAGAGGAUCCACCUGGGAACCGCUGCAGAGACUUACCACUUCGCUUUGGAAACUGUGUCUCCAUUUCAAGUGAAGUGAGAAAAAGUUGCACAGCUACAGCUAAGUGAAAGGCAAGAUGAAGCGUAAAGGAUUGUGCCAGGCCAUCGUGUUGGUUGAGCUGCUGUUGGUGUAUUGUGCAGCUCAGAGUCGCCAAGUUAUUCAAACAGCGAACUGCAAUGAAGAUGUUUCACUCGUGUGUCCAGGUGUCGACUGCAUAGAUUUCCACUCAGUGACGUGGUACCAGCUUGUCAACGGUCAAAGAUUUGGCAUUAUAAAGAAACGUAAACGAGACCAGGCUCCGCAGAUGUACAACUUUGCUCGAAACGUCAGCUUUGGAGAGAAUUACAGUCUGUUCCUACCCAGAGUGAAACCUGCAGAUUCAGGCACAUAUGUGUGUGGAAUUGGUGCAAAUGUAGGGGGUCAAAGCCAAUAUCCCACAGUCGACCUAACAGUUAAUGAGUGUGUGACCCAGGCUGACCCAACAAGUCAAGUCGUCGUUCUUUCGCCAACAAAAGCAAUGAACACAACUCAGUCCAUCCAAGUGCAGGAGCUGCCCAUCAUGUGGACCACAGCAGGCUAUGUGGCAGUGGCCCUAGUUAAAAUUGUUCUUUCUCUAAUCAGCAUUUGGGUUCUUCGCAUCAGCUUUUCAAGGAAGCAACAGAGACGGCGCUGCAGCUGAACAUUCGACCCGUUUGGAGGCUUCAGGGAGGCCGUGUAACCAGAAACAUCCUCUGCAUCAACAAUUAAAAAGAGCUUUAUUUUUGUUUUUCUGUA